ACAACCCAAACAAUAAAAAGCAAAAAACUAGAACGUAGUUCUGAGGCAGGACUCACUCCUAACACUUGCAAAGGUCUGGUUUCUAUCCCUACCACCAGAAAAAAGCAAAACAAGACCACCUGUCCAAGUUGAUCUUGACCAAGAUAACACCAAGAGCUUAGAACAUCCUGGUCCUGGCCAGGUGCCCAUUUAACCCCGCCCAUUGUGACCUAUAUGUUCUAUAAUGAACAGGUUAGUAUUGUGAGGUAGGGUCCGGGCGUAAAGGGGACUAUGAGGUGACAUUGCAGAAAACUGGAGGUAGGGGAGGAGGGAUAGGGCUGUUCCCUCACAAACAGGGACUUUGGGGCAGCCAUGUCCUACUUCAUGUCUCCACAAACGCAUCUGGGGCUUCUGCCUUCUGGCCAAGGUGGGGCUGCUGCUUCGGGCUCGUCCCUUGGUCUCUAUAGUUCUGCAGAGCCAGUGGUGGUGGCGUCUGGUGGAUUAGGUCCACUCGGCCAGAAAGCCGAGCAGGUGGUACCUGCUGCUGCCCAGGCCUGGGGCCCUACCUUGGCAGUGCCCGAAGCCAGGGGCUGCUCUGGGGGUGCUAGCUGGGAGACACCGCGGAGGAAGGAAUACAACCGAUACUGCCCCAAAUUGCCCCCCAUGAGGCAGCUGGAGACCUUGGGCUGGGCAGACCCCUGCUCCCGAAGCAGAGCUCCCCACCUGGGUGGCCCUAACAGGCCCAGGCCCCUGCUGCUGUGUGGGCUGUCACCAGGGGUUCUGCCGAUGUCCUCUGAGGCAGGUGGGAAGGAGGCUGGCUCCCAACCUGACAUCUGCAUCCUUACCCUAGCCAUGAUGAUUGCUGGCAUCCCCACAGUACCUGUUCCAGGCCUGCGGGAAGAGGACCUGAUCCGGGCAGCUCAAGCUUUCAUGAUGGCCCAUCCAGAGCCAGAGGGAGCUGUGGAGGGGAUGCAGUGGGAGCAGGCACAUGCCCACAUGGCCUCUGGACAGAUGCCUCUAGUGAGAUCCAGGAGGGGCUCCUGCUUGUAGCCAGAUGAAAUAGCACGAGAUACAUAGGGUGGCUUCUCUGUAUGGUUUUUGGGCAGCUAAGGUUGGGGAUGGCUAUGGCAGGGAUGGGAAGAGGCUGUGGGUAACUGAGCCAUCCUGACAAACUGCACUGCUUUGUUAGGACCACCCCAUCAAGCUCUUGACACCACUAGGAGAUCUGACAAGGUUAGAUCAAGUUACCUAGGUAGGAAGCCCUGUUUAGGAAGUAGAGGCUUAUUUUAUAUUGAGGAACCUGAGAAAUUUUUGUCUAAAGUUCUAGACAACAUGGAUUUUCCUCUUGCCUUGUGUCCCAGCUACCUGAAGGAAGAUGGGACCGUAGGCAAAUGAUGGGAAACACGUGGCUGAGCAAACCCUACGAAUCCAGACAAAUAGAAAACCCAUUCUUCUUUUAUAUGGCCAACCUGUGAGGAUGCCCAUUUUACAGAUCAACUGAGGCUUAGAGAGCUGCUUGCUGGGAGUCUCACAGCUAGUAAGGGCAGAACCAGGCCUAAAAUCUAUGGCAGGUAAAAAAGAAGCGAGGCAACAGAUCCCCACACACCACCCCAUCAGUUCUCUCCCUCUCACUGCUCCCAAGGACCACGCAUAAAACAGACAAGACAACUGUGGGGUACAACAUUUGCUUUAUUGACCCCAUGGUGGGAUGGGAAAAACUGGGGAGCCUGGCCGAGCCAGCACAGCAGCCUCUUCCUUUGUGGGAGGGCUCCAGGGCAUCAGGAGAAUCAUCUCAUGACUGGGGCAGUAGUUACCAACACAGAACCUUCAACCUCACCAUCUCUCUCAAGAAAUCCUGUUUUCAGAAACUUCUUGAGCUGAACCUUUCCCCUUACGAAAAAGUUGUCAAAACCCAGGCCAGAAUGUAUGACAGAGACCAUAUUUGACCAAAGCCCACAAUAUUUACUACUGAGCUCUUAACAGAAAACAUUAGUUUUACGGAGCUUGACACGUUCUAGAUAGAAGGCUGGGGUAGGGCAGAAGACUUCUGAAGGAAGCGUAACUGUGUGUGUAGCGGAGCAGAUGUGAAUGUACAUAUGUGCAUGAACAUUUCAGGGCGUCAACAUAAUCAGAAGUUGGGCCUGUGACACAGGCCUAUAAUCCCACUCAGGAGGCUAGUUAGGAGGCUCACAAGUUCAAAGCCAGCCUAUCUAUAGAAUGAGUUCAAGAUUAGACUGGGCAACCUAGUGAGAUUAUCUGAAAAAGGAGCAGUGGAGCUGGGUGGUGGCAGUGGCGGAUGACUUUAAUCCCAGCACUCA